GGUAAAGGUUUGUGCGUGCGUGCGUGCGUGUGUGUGUGUGUGUGUGAGGGGGGUGUUUACUACUCUACCUACACUUCCCUCCACUGCAGCUCUUUCACAGACUCAGCCUCUGUCAGAGCAACGCUUCAGCUGAAACAUGAGUGGACGAGUGGGAGACCUGAGCCCGAGACAGGCUGAAAUCUUAACAGAGUUCCGUGGGAGGAUCCAGGACAUCCUCCCCAACCUGCCUGCACAGCACGACCACUACCUCCUCCGCUGGCUCAGAGCCCGUAGCUUCAAUGUUGUGAAAGCUGAAGCCAUGAUCAGAAAGCAUGUGGUGUUCAGGAGGCAGAUGAAAGCAGACACCAUCAUCUCUGACUGGAAGCCUCCAGAGGUGAUUGAGAAGUAUGCGUCCGGAGGAAUGUGUGGUUACGACAGAGAGGGGAGCCCCAUCUGGUACGAUGUGAUUGGUCCUCUGGAUCCUAAAGGUCUGCUGCAGUCAGCCACCAAACAGGACUUACUGAAGACCAAGAUCAGACACACGGAGAUGCUGCGACAGGAGUGUCAGAGGCAGUCGGAGAAGUUGGGGAGGAACAUUGAAGCCAUCACUCUGAUCCACGACUGUGAAGGCCUGGGACUGAAACACAUAUGGAAACCCGCUAUUGAGACCUAUGGAGAGAUCCUCACCAUGUUUGAGGAGAACUACCCAGAGGGGCUGAAAAGGGUGCUUCUUAUCAAAGCUCCUAAACUGUUUCCCAUGGCCUACAACCUGAUCAAGCACUUCCUCUCUGAAGAAACACGGCACAAGAUCAUCGUUUUAGGAAGUAACUGGCAAGAAGUUUUACGUAAACACAUUGACCCAGAGCAGCUUCCUGUGGUGUACGGAGGAACCCUGACUGAUCCCGACGGAGACCCCAGCUGCAGAACCAUGAUCAAGUACGGCGGUACAGUGCCCAGGUCGUACUAUGUUCAGGAGUCAGUGAAGGUUCAGUACGACAAUAGCGUGACCAUCAGCCGCGGCUCCAUCUUCCAGCUGGAGUGUGAUGUCACUGUACCCAGCAGCCUCCUGAGGUGUCAGUUUGCCAGUGAUGGAGCAGAUAUCGGGUUCGGAGUUUACCGACGGACCAAGGACGGCGGCGGUCAGAAAGUAGCUGAGAUGCUGCAGGUGCUGCCCAGUGAACGCUACAAUGCCCAUCUGGUCCCUGAAGACAGCUGGCUCACCUGCCCUGAGCCUGGAGUCUACGUGCUGUGCUUUGAUAACAGCUACAGCAUCCUUCAGUCUAAGAGGGUGAGCUACAAAGUCGAGGUUCUUCCCCCUCCUCUGGACGGACAGAUGCAGAAUCCUUGCAGCAGAGGAGACGGGAGGCUGCAGUGAUCCAGUGCUCACAUGGAAACCCUGAUCCCUGAUCAGUGCUCCUGCCUCGGGGAUGGAUUAACCCUCUUUCGGGUAACCUGGACAAAAACUGACCGGUGGACUAUUAACCUCUCCAUUCCCUCCCUCUGUUCAUUGUGUAUGUAUAAGUUUGUAAUUAGUGAUUAGCGUUAACUGGAUUUAAGAGUAUCUGAACAGCAGGAAAAGCAAAAAAGUCUCACUAGUGACCAAACCCUGCAUCACUGAUAUGUAUGUGUUUAGUAGGACCUGUAACCACAGCUGGCAGUCAGUGCGUUUACAUCCAGGCUCUGUGUGUAAUGUGGGAGAACGUAAACCUGCACAGACCGUACAUGCAGCAGAUCAGUAGGUGGAUUUCACUUGUAACCCCCCAAUUAUUUUUGGAAACAUGGCGUUUGUAUUUUAACCAUGUUGGAAAAAAAAGCUGCUCUCUUUGAGUCUUAGUGAAAUAGUAUUGAAAAUCAAUAACCGGUCAAAUGUUCAGUGGAGAAAACUGACUUCAACAAGCUAUGUCGUGUUAGUUUCAUCUCUAUUCGGGUUUUGAAUUAAUGAAAGCCAUCGCUUUCUAUCUCUGCAGUCUUUUAUUAUGCAGACGUGCACUUGUAAAAUGAUGAUUAGAAACAAACCAGCGCUCUCGAGGAGAAAUGGACCUGGGGAAAUCACUUUUCUAUAACCCCCCACCCUGAUUACACAAACCAGGCUUCUUCUUUACAGGAAGUCACUUAAAGGUGCUAUAUGUACGCUUUUGCUGUCGCUAUAGCCAAUAUUAGCAUCAAUGAAUAGCUGUUUACUUACUGGUCAACCACAGCAAUCUGAGCUCACCAGCAAACUAAAUCACUAACUCCUGUUUUAUUUCUGCUUCUAUGACUUCUGUCUGUCACAAGGUUUUAUAACCUCUUGUCUUGUAAACACAACAAUACCUGGAGUUCUUGGCAAGUGACCGUCACCACCACAGGCUCCAAGAAGUCGCCUGUAAACUGGUUGUUAGAGGGUAUGUGAACAGGCUGAGUGAUGUCACGGUGCACUGACGCACUAAGUCAUCCCACAGCGAGGUGAGAAGUCACACCACAGGAGAUUGGCCUUAACAAAAGGUUUCAGCUUUUGUUAUGUUGCUUUUUAAACACACGUUUAUUUCCGGACAUGUAAACACGAGCUCAACUGAAGUCAUAAAGGCUUUAGGAUUUUUAUUUUUAUAUUUUAAACUCAGGGUGUGAUUUGUUGGUGCAGACAGUUUCACCAAACAAAUUUGCAUUUACAAUUUUUAUUGAGAGUAUUUUACACAUAUUCAUAUUCGGUUCACCCUUUUAAAAACCAAUGCACUUCAAACACAUCUUACAAUCCACUGACAUUUGUCUCUCAUAACGCUAACAACCAUUGGGAUCACAACAUGUAUCACAACUCUUUAAAGUAGCAUCUUGUUUAUGCAUAAAUCCAGAUUCCAUUAAAAUAAAAGAACCACACAUUCCUAAAUGAAUAUAGAUUUUUCUACCUUGCAUCAUAGUGUGAAUCAUAGAUUCUGCAAUAUGCUUCAGGUUUUUUUUCCAGCAAUGCAUAGAAAACACUUGUUUUUUAAAGGUAAAUAUACAGAAUGUAGCAGAUGUCUGUCUAAUUUACUUUUUAAUUUACAGUCUAAUUUUGUGUUAUGUUUAAUUUGAAACAUUUUUGUUUUAAAUAGUCUUAAAUGUACAAAUGAAGUGUAAAUACACAGAGGUUUGGUGGUGGUUGAGUUAAAGUGAACCAACUGUCGCAUCAUGUUCUCUGAGAGCUGUUGUGUUGCCUGUGUGGAGUGAACAUUUUGAAAAAGUGAGGAAAGUAAUGAGAAAUGUUUGUUGUAAAAAAAACCUAUGAUCCAAUUAUCACAAAAACUGUUUGUUGCUUUGCUUGGAAGGGAAUCAAGAUUCAAAGAUUUUGAAAGACCUUGAUUCCUCCAGCAUUCCGGAAAGUGUUUAGUAAAGAAGGAUGAAUACUGUGUUGUUCCAGACACUCGACUGAAGUGUUUGUUUGAAUUGUGUGUUUCAAAGAAGUAAAACCACUAACACACACACACGUGCGCACGCACACACACACAGGUAACAUGUAUGUAUGUACUGUGCUGACUGUUGUAAUGUGUUGAAAUGAAGGAUCUUAGUGCUCAAUACAUAAUAAGUAUGUAUAACAAAUGAAUGACUUUUUGAAUUUAUGGAAACUGGUUACAUUUAGCUUGCAUGGGAAUGUUACUCAUAAUAAAGUCAGAAAUUGUAUAUUCA